AUGAAGUUGGAUACACAUCUACUGUUAGGCCUCCUUGGCUUAGCAGCUCAGGCCACGGCUGAUCCAACGUGGCCUGCAGAUAUCGACGAGUUGGAAGAGAUCAUGUACCAGACCUCCAUGGUCAGGUCACGAAAGUUUGCCGACACAGUUACUCCUUGCGCAAAAGAGGUCUCGGGUCCAGGCCGCAAGAACGCCGCCGAAUGGCUCAGGACCGCUUUCCACGACAUGUCGACCGGCAACGUUUUCUCGGGAGCUGGAGGACUGGACGCUUCUCUGCAGUAUGAACUAGGACCUUCGAGUGAAAACACAGGACCUGGUUUCGCGACUACCAUGACUUUCAUGGCUCCCUACCUGACCCGGAAGAGCAGCAUGUCCGACUUGAUUGCUCUCGGAGUGUACACGUCAGUAAUAUCAUGUGGUGGACCCUCCAUCAACUUUCAAUCUGGCCGGGUAGACGCAACCUUCAAGAACAACCCGGGAGUGCCUCAGCCCGGAGAAGUCAUUCAGGUUUUCCGGAACAAAUUCGCGCGUGUGGGCUUCUCGCCCCAAGAGAUGAUUCAAGCAACAGCGUGCGGCCAUACCAUCGGUGGUGUUCACUCUUCUGAGAACUCCGAUAUUGUGCCCGCAGGGCAAUUCACAAACGACGUCGCCACCUUCGAUUCAACCGAUGCCGUAUUCGACCCCAAGGUCGUCACCGAGUAUCUCGGUGGUUCAACGCGGAACCCUCUUGUUGUUGUACCCGGAACGUCCAAAUUGAAGAACUCCGACUUCAGGGUCUACAAUUCCGACGGUAAUGCGACCGUCAGCGCCAUGACGGAUCCCUCGGUCUUCAGCUCCACAUGCAAGACCGUCUUCGAGAAGAUGAUCAACGUCGUGCCGUCUGGCGUUACGCUCGGCGACGCUAUAAAACCCUACCAGGUCAAGCCAGUUCAGAUGCAACUCUCCCUCCAGACGGUGUCGACUAUGUUGAUUUCAGGUUACAUUCGUGUACGAACUACCAACCUGCCCCUCGGGAACAUUGCCGGCCUUACUAUCAACUACAAGAACCGAAACGGUGGCACUACAUGCGGGUCUUCCAACUGCGCCUUCAAUAUCUCUCUUUCGGGGGUUUCCAAGGGCUUCGAAGAUUCCUUCGCUUGGUUUCCCAUUGGACAGCCGGAUCUUGUCACGAUCCCGGUCAGCUCUGGUAUUUCAUCUUUCACUGUCACCAUCAAUAUGAAAGACGGGUCCAGCACGGUAUAUGACAACAACCGCAACGGGUAUCCCAUGCAAGACGGCAUCUUUCUUUUGACGGACCAGAGUUGCCUGAACCAGUACACCGGAGAUGCUACCUUUAUUGCCGCCGUCCGUAACGACAGGACGUCUCUUCCUGUCAACGUCAACAUUUGGUACAAGACGAAACAGACCACCAGCGUUGUGCCUCUGUUAAGCAACAUGACUCUCGCCAUGACCAAGGGAGAUUGCAAAGGAGGCUACACCUUCUACUCCGUGACGACGAAUAUCCCGGGCGGUCUCAGCGUGGAAUCGACCCUGGAUCUCGCCAGCGGGGAUAUGGUCGACUCGUUCAAGAAAGCCAACAUUAUCGGCGGAAAUUGCCAAGCCUGGUCUGGCGGCAGCACUUGCAGCAGCAUUACCGUUUCCCCAUCCACUACAUCCUCAAGUGCGGCUCCGACGGCGACGCUUCGCCAUCGCGAUACCAUGGGUGGAUACAAGCUUGUGUCCUGUUGGACGGAGGCUUCAAACGGACGUGCUCUCAAGGGCGCCGCGUUUGCUUACGACGGAAUGACUCUUGAGAGCUGCAUGGGCAACUGCACAGGUUUCGACUACUGGGGCACUGAAUACGGACGAGAAUGCUACUGUGGCAACUCUUUAGACCCUUCCAGCACUUCGGCACCUUUGGGCGAUUGCAGCUUUGCGUGCUCUGGAGACUCGACAGAGUACUGUGGUGCGGGCAAUCGAAUCGAACUAUACUCGACUACCGCCACUCGUUCGAGCACAUCGACUCCUGCGCCAACUGCCACUCUGGCCCAUACUCCCACCAUUGGCCAAUACUCUCUCGUGGGUUGUCAGACAGAGGCGACCAACAAUGGCCGCGCUCUGCAGGCCGCUCAGUCAGCGUCCGAUGACAUGACUCUGGAGAAAUGCGCCACGUUCUGCUCUGGAUACACGUACUUUGGCACUGAGUACGGUCGUGAAUGCUACUGUGGAAACACCAUUCAAGAUACCAGCAAGCCUGCUCCCAUUACCGAGUGCACUAUGAAGUGCGCCGGUAACCCAUAUCAGUACUGCGGUGAUGGAAACCGUCUUGAGCUGUACAAGCUUGGAAGCGCCUCAACAACGUCACUCUCCUCAACUGCUUCGGCAACCACAACCUCCUCAGAUGGCGGGUCUUCCGUUUCUACUGGGUCUUCGAUCUCUGCUAGCAGCUCUGUUUCUCCUUCGAGCACCAGCACACCUUCGACUAGCAGUUUGUCAGCCUCUUCCACCGGCUCAUCAACUGUUCCGUCAUCAACUUUCAGUACCGUGAUCUCGUCGAGCAGCGUAUCCCCGUCGUCGACCUUCACGGCACAGGCUGUUUCGAGUAGUUCGGCUUCUACGAGCAUCUCGCUGUCUUCAAGCUCCUCCGCCCUGACGUCAAUUAGUAGCACAACAUCUUCAAGUGCCAGUAUUGUGCCCUCUAGCACUACUCCAGUUGCGAGCAGCCAGACUAGCAUCUCUGCAGUGUCAUCAAGCAGCAGUGUCGUCCCCAGCACGACGACUUCAAGCGUCACCUCCACUAUCCAAACUCUUGCGAACAAGCCAACUGUCGCGGCAUACAACUUGACGGGUUGCUGGACAGAAGGCAAUGGAGUUCGCGCACUGAGUCAGAAGAGUUACUCUUCCCACGACAACAUGACACUCGAGUAUUGCGCAGCCUUCUGCUCAGACUACAAGUACUUCGGAACGGAGUAUAGCGGCGAGUGCUAUUGCGGCAAUUUCCUCGCUUCUUCCAGUGCAGCUGCCCCUCUGUCCGACUGCAACAUGGCUUGCUCAGGAAACCAGUUCGAGUACUGCGGUGGCGGCAGCAGGCUCACAUUGUAUUCAAACAACCUGAAGUUGGUUGAUCCUACACAGCCGCCUACCGCAGGAGUGUACACGUUCCUCGGUUGUCGUACAGAGCCAGCUCAAGGCGGACGUGCCUUGGGACUCAAGUCGACGGCUUCGGACAAGAUGUCGAACGACGUCUGCGCAGAUUUCUGCAGCGGGUAUACCUACUUCGGUACAGAGUACAGCGGCGAAUGCUAUUGCGGUAACACGCUGCCAGAUACGUCUCUCGUGGCGCCAAACAGCGACUGCAACAUGGUCUGCUCAGGAAAUAGCACUCAGUUCUGUGGCAGCGGCAACCGUUUGUCGGUGUACAAGAAGUGA